ACAAAGCCAGGACCCAUCAAGGCAGCCAGUUCUCACUCUGAGCGCUCUGCUGUAGCGUACUGCUACAACUGUUCCCAGAAAGGACAUUUUGGAUAUGAGUGCUCAGAAAGGCGGAUGCAUGGAAGCGUGUUCCCUUCUUCUCCAUUCAUCUGCUACUAUGAUGAUGAAUACGAUAUCAAGAGAAGGGCAAACAGAUUAAAAAGAAAGGUUGCAGAACUACGUGAAGCUGGCCUUCUGCCAGAGACACCAUGGCAGGAGUUAAAACAUGAGGUAUACCGCCAUAAGAAAAAGAACAAGCCUUGGAAAGAAUAUCGGAAACAUAACAAAGAUGGUGAGUGUCACAAAAAGGUGAAGAUGUCCCAUGCAGAGAAACACAGAGAAGAGAAACACAGGAGUGAUGAUGAAAUCAGCCACAAUCUGGAAGAGGACUUCCCUAGAGGGUGUAAAAGCCAGGCAUGUAAGGGCAGCAGAACCCAUCACAAGUCCAUUUUCAAGGCAUUCUCAGGCAGCAAGACUGAAUACACGCAGGAGUGUCUGAAAGGUGCUAAAAGGAAGAAGAAAUGGAAAAAGCAGAAAGAAGCUAGUCCUGGUAACAGCGAGAAUUUAUUCCUCAUAAAACAGAGGAAAAAGAGGUCCAAACAGAAAUCCCGGUGA